UUGAGGCCUUCACAGUGCACUUACACAGGCCGGAGCAGUCGCAGAACGACGGGCGCCCGCGCAACCGUCUAAACCUGCGCGUACGCAUACAAAUUGCUCGGAUAUUCGUGUGUUAGUGUUUCGUGAUUACUGCAACAUGAAGUUCCACAUAAAGAUUUUUGACGCGAUCCCGGCGCGAUUCAACGUGGCUGUGAUGAUGUUCUUCGCAUGUUGGGUGAACUACAUGAUGAGGGUGAACAUGAGCGUCAACAUCAUCGCCAUGGUGCCUGACAACGCCAACAGCACCUCGGUGAAAAGUGAAUGUGAGGCGAUCACGACAGACGAGAGUGCGCUGAACGCGACAAUGAGUGCGGUGACGCAACGGGCUCUGCGACAGCCAGACGGCAAAGUGACAUUCGAUUGGACGGCCCAGCAGCAGGCCUACGUGUUGUCGGGGUACUUCUGGGGGUACACCAUCACGUGCCUGGUGGGCGGCACGGUGGCCGAGCUGUGGGGCCCUCGGAGGAUCGUCUUCAUCACCAUGUUGUUGAGUGCUAUCCUGACCAUCUUCUCGCCGCAGGCCGCUAGAUGGCACUACAUGGUGCUCGUGGCAGUGCGGUUCGUCAUAGGACUUGCUGCGGGCGUUUUGUUUCCGGCUCUACACGCGCUAGUGGCUCACUGGGCGCCCCCUGCGGAAAAGGGAAAGUUCGUCAGUUCCCUGCUUGGGGGCGCUAUUGGGACUGUAGUCACGUGGUCACUCACCGGCCCCCUCAUUGAGAACUUUGGUUGGGAUUCCGCAUUCUACGUACCAGGAACAAUAGCAGUGUUCUGGUGUUUCCUGUGGUGGUUCCUGGUGUACGACUCGCCGCUACAGCACCCUCGAAUCCUGGAAAGCGAGAGGAAGUAUAUCCUUGAGGCCAUCGGAGACAAGGUGCACCAGAGUUCGAAGGAUACUAAGAUCGUACCGCCGUUCCGUAGCAUUGCGACGUCAUUCCCCUUCCUAGCCAUGGUGGUUCUGCACUACGGCAGCAACUGGGGUUUAUACUUCAUCAUGACGGCAGCUCCCAAGUUCGUGUCAAGCGCGCUGGGCUUCAACCUAACCUCGACCGGCACGCUGUCCUCGCUGCCCUAUCUCGCCAGGAUGAUUUUCUCGCUUAUAUUCGGAGCUGUUGGAGACAGAUUAAUGAAACAAAACGUAGUAUCAACGACAUUCAUGCGGAAGUUCUUCUGUCUGUUCUCCCACAUCGUUCCGGGCCUGCUCCUCAUAGCCCUGGGAUACACCGGUUGCGCUCCAAUCCUCUCCGUAGCUCUCAUCACCUUCUCCAUGGGAUCCAACGGUGCUGCCACUCUCACCAACCUCGUGAACCAUCAGGACUUAGCCCCUAACUUCGCGGGGACAUUGUACGGUAUCGCCAACGGGAUUGGCAAUACUGCUGGAUUUGUUACGCCGCUGGUCACUGCGCAUUUCACUAAGAAUGGGAACGGCUUUGCAGAGUGGAGGCCGGUGUUCUUCACUGGGGCUUGUCUGUACAUAGCUUCAGCAGUUUACUUCAUCCUUUUCGGUACAGCCGAAACGCAGUCUUGGAAUUACGUCACUCCCGAGGAAGAAGAGGAAGACAAGAGGCCAAGCAGUUCUUCGAACGAUACCACGGUUACAAUUCCAGUGAAAACUUAAACGACUUAGAUCUUUUUUAUUUAUACGUCUAGGUAAUAUCUGUUCCCAAAUCUGAUAAUUAUUUUGAUGGAAUUGAAUAAAAAUACUGACUGUGAUAUCCAUCAUUUGUUCAAUUAAACCAUCACUAAAUAUAGUGAUCUUUUUUUUAUUUCUUGAAUUAUAAAAGACUUGGGAAUAAAUUAUAAACGCCAGUGUUUUAGGUUUACUUAUUUAAUAAUGCACUGAUAGAGCGGCAAUUUUAACUAAGUAUUUUUUUUGUAUUGUAGUUUUUGUCAUUUUAUGGCACCUAAAAACAACAGUGAAACAAUAUUUUUAUAUAAGUAUUAUAAUAUUUUAUACAAGUAUCAUAAGGUUUACUUACAAAGUAAGCUCACAUGAUCGUCGUAAGUAUGACGUAUUUGCUUUUUUAUAGUUACAAAGUUAGUAGGUACUUAACAUCAUAACACGACAGAUUUCGCCAGUAUAUUAUAAUAGAUGUAUUAGGUAUUCCACCCUAGGACAAUCCAUGAAAAUGACUAUUGGGUUCUAUUAUUAUAUAUAUUUAACCUGUAAAUAGAUGAAACAAAUACAAACAUAUACAUCUUGGCGAAUAAUGCAAAAUACAAAUAGUAUACCAAGUUUUAUAAACAAUGUACUUACCUAUGUAUGAAAGAAAUGGCAGCAUAUUUUUAUUUAAAAAUUGUUAAAAACGGCUAUUAAAACUACAAACACUGAUAUUAAACGAAUUUCUACGGGAUAUGUACACGAAUAUUAUGUGAUUCACACAUAAUGAAAUGUGUAAUAUAAAUAAUCUUAGAUAGUUUAAUUUAGUUCAUUAUAAUAAAUAUAUUUAGAAAAGAAGUAGGUACUUAUAAACUAAACUUUUUGUAAUUUAAUCAUUUUAGUAAGCUAUCAGAAUAGAAUAUAUGAAUUAUUGACCGUGUUGAUUUUCUCUCAAUAGUUCUUUCUCUUCUUUCAAUUUCAUUUUAAGAAUUCCUGUAUUCAGUUGUCGUGAAAAUGUACAUAAAUUCAAUAUUUGUCUUAAAAAAUUAAUUGAAUCCAGAAUCUUGGAUUUCGUUGUGAUGUAUUUUUUUAUAUUAAUACAUAACUUAGUUAUAAAUUGUGAUGUACUGUGAUGUGAUGAAUAAAAUAUGCACAUGAAUAAAUUUAAUUCUAUUGC